CAGGAGGCGGCCGGGGCGUGUGGGAUUGAGGAGUGGAGGAGGAGGCGGAGAGUCAGGGCUCUGAGGGGGAGCUGUUCCCAAGCUAAGGGAGGAGCCCCCGGAAGACGCCGCGGAAGGCAGCGAGGCGGAGGCGGCCGGAGUACGGACGCGAUGUGGCCCGACCCGCGCUGCUGCGCUGAGGCGCCCGCGGCCUGAGCCCCCCGGCGCUGCGCUCGGUUCGGCUCGGCCCGGUUCGGCUCGGCUCGGCGGCCGGCGAGGUCGAUGCCCUUGAGCGCGGCUGCGCGCAGCUCGGCUGUGCGGCCCCGCGGCGCGCGCUGAGCUUCUCGGCGGCCCCGGCCGCUCUCAGCUCGGCGCUCGAUGUGUAGCCACAUAGUUAUCUGUACACUUCGUCGCCGGGGCUUUAAUGAGGACCUGAGUCGCGAGCGCGAGUGAAUCACCGCCUGGGCCGGGGAAAGAGGACGGCGCAUUUAACCCCCUCCCACCCCACUCCAUGUCCCUGUGUCACUCGGCUCUGUCCACCUGGCGCGGCGGGUCCUGGAGCUGCUACUGCUGCUGACGAUCGACUCCCCUCGCGCCUCUCGCCCCAGAAGCUCUUGUGCUCCCACGUAACUUCUACUUUUUUUUUUUCCUUUUGAGAAAGCUCAGCACGAACCGAUCAGAAUUGUGAAGGGUUUUUGUUUUUUUUUUGUUUUUUGUUUUGCUUUUGGGUUUUCCGAAGCUCCAGCACUUCUGCUCUUGUUUUUGUUUUGUUUUCUGCGUAAACCUCUGGCCCACUCUCAAAAGGCAAGAUGUCCAGUCAUGUCCCGGCGGAUAUGAUUAAUUUGCGCCUCAUCUUGGUGAGUGGAAAGACGAAAGAGUUCCUCUUCUCCCCAAACGACUCUGCCUCUGACAUCGCAAAGCACGUGUAUGACAACUGGCCCAUGGACUGGGAAGAAGAGCAGGUCAGCAGCCCGAACAUUCUUCGACUCAUUUAUCAAGGCAGAUUUCUACACGGAAACGUCACCCUAGGAGCAUUAAAACUUCCUUUUGGCAAAACAACAGUGAUGCAUUUGGUGGCCAGAGAGACCCUGCCAGAGCCCAAUUCACAAGGUCAGAGAAACCGGGAGAAAACUGGUGAGAGCAACUGCUGUGUGAUCCUGUAACAUCGUCGCCAGCGCAGGUGUGGCAGUCUGUUACCACUGCGGGGACAGAGGAGACUCGGCAGCUUCCGACACCUGUGGGACAGUCGCCCGCACAUCCAGACUGAACCACUCAUGAGCUCUGUGAUCUCUCCUCACAAAGUAAAAAGAACCAAGAACAUUUCCAGUCUGGUCCUUUAUUCCUGUAUCUCUUGUCUGUGUUGAGCAGUCUGAAAUGCACAGUGGUCUCCAGGGGAAAUAGCAAGUCUCUCAAGUCUCUCUCUGCAGAAACCGCCUUGCUGCCACAAAGACUCCUCCACAGAAGUCAGAAGGCGAGUGCUGCAAGUUCAAUUUGCACUAAAAACAUUAUUAUUUUCCUCAUCAGCGUAAUCUGCACAUGUCUGUGGCGCCCAGACGUUCUCCUGUGUGGAGUUCACCCUGGAGGACGCCCAUCAUCAGUGCAGUUAAUACCAGGCCAGUUGGACCGGGGAAAUGGGAAGGAAUCUAACAUGCUGGGUGAAUUCUACCAAAGUCAGCCACAGUGGCUGUCCUCGAAGGAUGUCAGACUGGGCAUGACUCUUGUCACCACAGCAAAUGAGAAGCCAUGCCUGCUGCUCACAGCACUCUGUAGAGGGUGCCCCUGCUGCCUGCCCACCGAGUCCUCCCCACAGGGGGCUCAUGCAGACAGCACAGAGGGGCCGCAGUGUGUCCCUAGCCUUAAUGUGGAGGGGCCAGUGUCUCGGUGCCAUCACUGUGCAGAACUGGUGGGAAGCCUCAGCGGUUGUGUACUUGAGUAUCAGAAGAUUGAUAGCUUGCGCCACCAUCACUCAUUCGAACCCUGCCGAGUGUACUCGCUCACUAGAGCAGAGGGAUCCUUUUAAAGUCUCCAGAUGCUAAUUUUGUUACUUUCUGUAGUUUGCAUUCGGAAUCAGUGCUUGCAAUUGUAUUAAAAUCACAAGCUGAGUUUUAAGGCAUACAUGAUCAAUAGCGCCACUCUUAUUUUUACCAAUAAUUUAAAGAUUGAGAUGCUAUAAAUAAACAAUUUGCACAGCACUAAAGCAUGAGCUAAUUUCAUCUAAACCUGUAAAAAAAAGAUUUUAUAUUUUUUUCACUGGGAAGAAAUCUUCCUGGAUGAAAUUACAAAUAUGUGUAGAUUAUAUUUAAUAAAAAAGACAUAAUAAAAUAUCUAACUGUAGAAUGCAAAUAUAGAUUGGCGUGUAGCAUAUAGACCAGUAUUCCAUAUCAAUAACUUUAUCCAGCCUUUUAAAAGAUGAAGUUGCAGACUACGUUGUGUUCUGUAUUUAAUGAGGGUUCUUGGCCCUCGGCAGCAUUAAAUGUAAAUGGUCUCUAUGGUCAUCUUUGUUUAAAUGCAAUCAGGUUACUUUAUUCAUUGUUAAUGCUUCCAUGAGAAGGCUUUAUAUGCAGUAGAUCUACGAAAAUAUUGUUCAUACUGAUCAGAAUUAAAUUUGUAUAGAGCAGAGUUUUAAAAUGAAUGUAAAUAGCACUAAACCUUUUCUUUCUGCAGCCUGUACUUAAUAGAUUUCUUCUGUAAACUAAAUAAAAAAAAAUUGUAGUGCA